UUUGCUCAACGUUGAUAAGAAGUUUGAUAACAUAGCGGGAAAAGUGAAUGUAAAUCCUACGAUACACGGAGGCUCACACACGGUAUGUAUUUAACGUUUAGCAAUGGAUGACCCAAAAAGCUCACCAACAUGGAAAAAACCUUCAGAUAUUAUGAAAAAACAUCGGAAGAAGAAAAGAAUCGCGCUGCAAAAGACCACUGAAAAAACACCCGACAAACUGUCUGCCAUCUUCAGCCCCAAAAAUGCGUUUUUGCAGCCAAACUCAAAGAGGAGGAAUCCUUUUUCGCAGCCACAGGAAAGUCAAACCGACUCUCCAUCAAAGAGACGGAAGUCUGAACAUACAGAAAUGUCACCAAGUUCAAUUGAUUUGCAAGAAAACGUUUUGUUUACAUUUCUUGGAAGAACAGAAGAAAAGGAACAGGAAAAUGAAGGAAACCAGUGUUCAAGAUCACUACAAAUUGAGAGAUCCACAUCUAAUCCUAGCCAGAAUGAACCUUAUUCCUUAGAUGAUGAUGACAGCAAGUCACAGUUUGAUUUUAUUGAAAAGUUUUUCAAGGAAAAGCAAAAAGCACAAUCUUCACAGAAAUGUAUUGAACUUCAAGAGGAAGUUAAACAAGAUAUUAUAAGAAAUGAAAUCAUUCCUGUAGACUGGAGUCUGAAAGUGAAACUAAGGGUAAUAUCAGAAAAGCCCUUAUUAUGGUGCACACAACUACGUACUGUAGAUGAAGCUAGGGGAAUUAGUCAGUUCCUCACAGGAACGCCAACUACACAGGUGGCGGUGCAGGAAUCUGAGAGAAAGGCUUACUUCCAGGAGUCUGGUUUGUACUGGAUUUACCCUAGUCUUCCAUGGAUGAAACUCUUUCCAAGAAUUGUACCAGACGCUAAAUUAAGGACAGCAAGUAUAGGACUAGAUAAUGUGGUACAAACAGCGCUACAAUCAGACUGGACUGAGAGCUUCACCUCAGUUUUCCAUCAGCUGCGUGCCCAGCACUGUCCCUACUUCUAUGUGUGCACUCACCAGUUCUCUGUGCUUUUCCGAGCAUCAACAAUAGCAGGACAGACAACUCUCAGUGCCCUACUCAGCCCAACAACCAGGGGCAUGAGAGAAUCACUGAAAGGUGAAGAUAUAUCAUUUACCAUGCCACUACUAGAUCGAAGGAGGAGCAGCAUCAACCCAGACACAGAAUCAGAAAGUCAGCAGGAACCUGGGCAUCAGAAGCAUGCGCAACCAUAUCAACAUGUAGAUGAUGAUGAUGAUGACAUGAUUGAUACAGAUGAAGGGGCCUCAGUUUGGUUAGAGAGUAUAGGUCUUGACAAAAAGCAGUUCCCAUCACUUGAACCUAACAAGGUUAAGAUACAGAGAGAAGGAUUCAAGAUGAUUGACAACAGGCCAGAGUCUACUGUUUGUGUGACUGGCCCUGAUGUUCAGGGACUGUAUAACUACCUUCUCAACUGCCGCAGCUGUGUGGCUAUCUCGGGACCCCAGGCUGGUCUGCCUCCUACCAUCCUUGCCCCUACCUCAUUCAAAGGAGCCACCCUCAAAUCUCACAAGGUAAAACAUUCCUUGGUCAAACAAAUGGACAACAAUAAACAGAUAAAAUCUGUUCACAUCUUGGAGAUAUUGGGACCAGUUUUACCUCACCAUAUAUCUAGUUACAAUUCACUGUUCCGUGACACCCAGGAAGGAUGUUUUUCACUAACCUUUAACACACACGAACCUAGCAUUUCAUUCAAUGCUGUUGUUGGCAGUGAAGAUGACCAGUCCAACAAUGCAUCUAUCCGAGAACAGUUUGUGAUGAGACAUAAAAAGUUUGAUCCUUUCUUCUCCAACAGACCAUUAGAUACCAGAUUGACUUGUAUUAGGGAGAUUCACUGUAAGGGAGGCUACUCCUCCUUCCUCGUGUAAAUCUUGAUGGUAAAGGAAUAUUGAUAUAGUAUUUAUAUUUUGUGGAAGACACUUUAUAUAUAAUUAUUGUUCUUAUUUGUGCCCAGAGACUUUAUUUUUUUAUAUUUUACAAAAGCACAAUAUUAAUUGAUAGUGCUUCUGUAAAAUGAUUAAGCUUUUUGGCUUCUGAUAAGUUUGUUUAGAUCUUGGAUUUAAAUUAAUUAAUUCAGACUGGUGAUUUCUUAAAGAGUUAAAAAUUUGAACUUCUGAAAAGAACUUGAGACUUCAAACGAUGUUUUUAAGAUAAUGAAAUUCUGCCCUUUCAAAUAAACAAAAUAUCAGUAAAGACUUUUGAAUUUAUAUACAGAAUAAGUAGCUGGCCAAGAUUUUGGACUUUUGAUAAAAAGUUUGUGAAGAUUUUGACUUAAGAUUAAAAGCUACUUGAAAAUUUACUUUUGAUAAAGAAUUAAGAUGUUAGACUGUGAUAAAGAAUUAAAACUUAACUAUUUUGACAGAACCUUGUGAUACAAUAUCAAGUUUUAAAGUGCUGAGCAGUAUAUAC